AUGUGUUUGACAAGUUGCUGCACAGACCGUGUGCGUCGGUCCUCAGAACGAUCCCUCCAAGUUCUACGUAGAUUAUGCCGCAACGACCCGAAACUCUUUGUUCUGCGGGUCUGCAGGAUCGGUCUGUGGACAAUCCAGAAGCAAAAGGGUCCCGAACUCUUCGGAGCGGUACAGUAGGUAGCCUUAGGCAACUGCUCACGUAGGCGAGACUCCAAUCCAGAGACCGCGGAAAACCGUAACAAACGGAAUUCAACCGGAACUACACACAGCGUUACCGAGGGCGACUAGAGCAAGGCCAUUGCCGCGGGCUGCAACAAGCCACCUACCUGCUUACAACUGGCGAGGAGCGCUCUUGGGAGAUGGAGGGUUGGAAGCGGGAGCAGAGGUGGGAGGGGCAACAAGAAGGGCGUUCGUUGGGGCGAUGAUUUCUGUCCCCCACCUAAAGAAGGUUUAGCGGGAAUUUCUCGUGUUCGUGAAC